UCAUUUCACCAACUUUGCAAAACCUUCAACAGCAUGUUGGUAAAUGCAAUGAAGCAACAACCACAAAGUUACUGCACUACCCCCACCCACCCACCGAAAAAAUAAUAGGAACCCGAGUGACAGAAAGGUGUGCAUUUGACCAUGGCGAUCAUCCUCCUGCUCUUCUUCAUUCUAAACGGAGUUGAUGGCACUCACAUUGUGGGGGGCAGAGACGCUGCUCCGCACUCGCGACCCUACAUGGCCUCGUUGCAAUUGCGAGGUCAGCACAUCUGUGGAGGGUUGCUGAUCAGAGAAGACUUUGUCCUCACUGCAGCGCACUGCAGGCUACGCCAGGCGUACACAGUGGUUCUAGGAGUAGACUCCCUGACGGGCGAUGAGCCCACCCAGCAGGUGUUUACUGCCGCCAGGAAUAUUCCGCAUCCUAACUACGACGGGCAUGGAAACGACAUCAUGCUCCUGAAGCUUAACGCCAGCGCCCAACUGACAGAAGAGGUGCAGCUGAUCGCUCUCAAAAGAGACCGACUGGGAAGAAGAGGCUCUUGCAUCACAGCCGGCUGGGGGGACAUCGGUGACAACAGGACCUUGCCCAACACGCUGCAGGAGGUCAACGUCACCCUGCUAUCUCAGCGAACGUGUCGCAGACGAUGGAGGGGGGUUCCCAUCAUCAGGACGAUGGUGUGCGGCACGGGCUCGCGAGUCCCUCAAGGCUUCUGUUCGGGUGAUUCGGGUGGCCCCCUGGUCUGCGAUGGCGAGGCAGCAGGCGUGGUUUCGUUCUCUGGGCGACGAUGCGGCAACCCCAGGACCCCUGAUGUCUACACGCGCAUAUCGUCCUUCACAGACUGGAUUUCCAGUGUGUUGAACAGCAAUUCGACAAAUGAGUCCUCAUAUGAUUGAAGAUGAUGCUAAACAAUUUGUUAGCGGUGAGGUUGUGUAAAAGAAUGAUAAUCAAUUAUGUUGACUGUGUGUUGUCUGCUUGUUUUUGCUGCAUUAUGAGUGAUUUUGCUUUGGUGGGAUUCAUUAGGCAUGCAUGCUCUUGGGUCACACUAAGUAUUUGACAUAUUUUAACUUUCCAAAGGCACACUGAGCUAUAAAAAUGUUUUUAUGUGUAACCACGCAGGAGACUUAUAGGCAACAUAAGCAAGUCUGAACCACUAAAUUAA